AUGACGGCUGUAAACCAAAGUAGUCACCAGAUCCGACGCGACAUAAUCAUAGAGCUGUCCUUAGGCAUUGGCCUCCCUCUACUACUUUUACUCUUCCAGUAUAUUGUCGAGUUUGAAAGGUUUAUCAUUGUCGAGAACAUGGGUUGCUUCCCUGCCACACUCAUCACACCACCCGCAUUCCCACUUGUUAUCAUAUGGUCAGCCGUCUUCGCAUUAGUGACUGCUUUAUAUGCUGGUUUUGCCAUCCAUGCUACUUUAAAACGGAAAGCUUACAAAAGGGAAGUUAUGCAAUCUGAUCAGCACCUCAAAGUCAGUCACUAUUGGCGACUUUUGGCAUUUAGUGGUAUUGGCAUCAUAUGUUCUGUCUCGGUUGGUUUAACCACCACCAUCUAUAUUGCCAUCCUCCAGCCGUCGGAAAUAACACCUUACUCAUGGAACUCUGUGCAUUCUAAUUUGUCUCAAAUUUUACAAUAUCCUGUAUCCGAGUGGGCAUCUAGUUCCAUAACAGAUUUCUGGCUUGAAUCCAACCGCUGGUUCCCCGUAUUCUAUGCCCUGACAUUCUUUGCGUUUCUCGGAUUUACAAAGGAUGCUAGACAAAGUUAUCGCCUUUCUUGCCUUUGGGUUAUUCGAUGCAUGGGUUUCCGUCCACCUGUUCAAGAAUCUUCAGACGCUAGAAAACCGUCUCUUCCGGCACAUCACGUACUACGCAGACAUGCUUCGCGUCCACCCGUUGUGUCUGAGACCCCUGUUGGUUCUCUCCGCUUCAUAUCUUAUAUCACAUCCAGCCAAGUCGUCGGGUCCAUCACUCAAUCGUCGCAUGUUCGACGACUGUCCUUGCCAACUUUCUCAUCCAGCCUGUCUAUUGGGCAGCCUUGGCGCAGUCACGCAGGUGAACUGAGUGGUGGUUCGUUCACUCUCUCUCCAAAUGGAGAGACCGUUGGAUCCAUAGGUCGGGAGCUAGCUCGGUCUGCUGACCACAAUGAACAGGGAGGAACCUCACUGUCAGGGAUAACAGAACCGGCCCCUGUCCUGGUAGCUUCGGUUGUUUUGCGCCGUGGUUCCUCCGAGUUGAAUUCGACUAUCCCUGUUCCCAUCCAGGCACCGACGACGUCCAUCGUUUAG